AUGGUUAACCAAGAGACAUAUGAGUUUCAAGCUGAAAUCACUCAGUUGAUGAGUUUGAUCAUCAACACAGUGUACUCUAACAAGGAGAUUUUCUUGAGAGAGUUGAUUUCCAAUGCAUCGGAUGCAUUGGACAAGAUCAGAUACCAGUCGUUGUCUGAUCCUAAGGUUUUGGAGACUGAGCCAGAGUUGUUCAUUAGAAUUACUCCAAAGCCAGAAGAGAAGGUGUUGGAGAUUAGAGACUCUGGUAUUGGUAUGACCAAGGCUGAGUUGAUCAACAACUUGGGUACGAUUGCCAAGUCUGGUACCAAGGCUUUCAUGGAGGCAUUGUCUGCUGGUGCGGAUGUUUCUAUGAUUGGUCAAUUUGGUGUUGGUUUCUACUCAUUGUUUUUGGUUGCUGACAAGGUUCAAGUGAUUUCCAAGAACAACGACGACGAGCAAUACAUCUGGGAGUCCAAUGCCGGUGGUUCUUUCACUGUUACUUUGGAUGAGACCAACGAGAGAAUCGGCAGAGGUACGAUUUUGAGAUUGUUCUUGAAGGAGGACCAAUUGGAGUACUUGGAGGAGAAGAGAAUCAAGGACGUUGUGAAGAAGCACUCCGAGUUUGUCGCAUACCCAAUCCAGUUGAUGGUCACCAAGGAGGUCGAGAAGGACGUUCCAGUUGCUGCGGAAGAGGAAGAAAAGAAGGACGAAGAAAAGGAGGAAGACGACAAGAAGCCAAAGUUGGAAGAAGUGGACGAAGAAGAAGAGGAAAAGAAGAAGGACGAGGCCAAGACCAAGAAGGUCAAGGAAACCGUCAAGGAGUUGGAAGAGUUGAACAAGACCAAGCCUUUGUGGACCAAGAACCCAUCGGAAGUCACCCAAGAAGAAUACAACGCCUUCUACAAGUCCAUCUCCAACGACUGGGAAGACCCAUUGGCCGUCAAGCACUUCUCCGUUGAAGGUCAAUUGGAAUUCAAGGCCAUCUUGUUCGUUCCAAAGAGAGCGCCAUUCGACCUGUUCGAAUCCAAGAAGAAGAAGACCAACAUCAAGUUGUACGUCCGUCGUGUGUUCAUCACUGACGAGGCCGAAGAGUUGAUCCCAGAAUGGUUGUCCUUCGUCAAGGGUGUUGUCGACUCCGAAGACUUGCCAUUGAACUUGUCCAGAGAAAUGUUGCAACAAAACAAGAUCAUGAAGGUCAUCAAGAAGAACAUCGUCAAGAAGUUGAUUGAAACCUUCAACGAAAUCGCUGAAGACUCUGAACAAUUCGACAAGUUCUACACCGCCUUCUCCAAGAACAUCAAGUUGGGUAUCCACGAAGACACCCAAAACAGAGCCGCUUUGGCCAAGUUGUUGAGAUACAACUCCACCAAGUCCGUCGACGAACUAACCUCCUUGUCCGACUACGUCACCAGAAUGCCAGAACACCAAAAGAACAUUUACUUCAUCACCGGUGAAUCCAUCAAGGCCGUCGAAAAGUCUCCAUUCUUGGACGCCUUGAAGGCUAAGAACUUUGAAGUCUUGUUCUUGGUCGACCCAAUCGACGAAUACGCCUUCUCCCAAUUGAAGGAAUUCGAAGGUAAGCAAUUGGUCGACAUCACCAAGGACUUCGAACUAGAAGAAACCGAAGAAGAAAAGGAACAAAGAGAAAAGGAAAUCAAGGAAUACGAAGGCUUGACCAAGGCUUUGAAGGACAUCUUGGGUGACCAAGUCGAAAAGGUCGUCGUCUCCCACAAGUUGGUCGAUGCGCCAGCCGCCAUCAGAACCGGUCAAUUCGGUUGGUCCGCCAACAUGGAAAGAAUCAUGAAGGCCCAAGCCUUGAGAGAUUCUACCAUGUCCUCAUACAUGGCCUCCAAGAAGAUCUUCGAAAUCUCUCCAAAGUCUCCUAUCAUCAAGGAAUUGAAGAAGAGAGUCGAAGAAGGUGGUGCCGACAACAAGACCGUCAAGGACUUGACCAACUUGUUGUACGAAACCGCUUUGUUGACCUCCGGUUUCUCUUUGGAAGAACCAGCUUCCUUCGCCUCUAGAAUCAACAGAUUGAUCUCCUUGGGUUUGAACAUCGACGAAGAUGAAGCUGCCUCCGAAGACGCUGCUGCUCCAGAAGCCGCUCCAGAAGCUCCAGCUGAAGAAAUCUCCGCUGAAACCGAAAUGGAAGAAGUCGACUAA